AUGGCGCACGUGGGCCACAGAGUCGAUUACCUGGCUGGGUUCUGCUGCCCGGUCGGGGGGCUGGCUGCGGGCAAGCCCCGAGUGCUGUGCCACGAGAACGAGAUCUACCUCUCCAACGGCAGCGAGUUCGUCUAUGUGUAUGACCAGGAAGGGAAGGUGCUGAAGGCCAUCUAUAGGUUUCCCGAUCAAGUUUGGCACGUGGAACUCCUCCCCCUUCGUAGGCAGCUCUACAUCCUGUGUGCCGGAAACGGCAUUUACUGUGUAUCCCUGGACCAGCAGAGCAGGUUAAUGAAGCAGACUGAUGGCGAUGGCAAAGAGGACGCUUGCCCUUCCAGCGUCUUCCCUGUAGACGCCGAUGCCUGCAUCGUCCCAGACGUCACGCUGUGCACCUUCACGCUGCUGAACGACGUUCUCGUCACCCUCUCCCAGGCUCAGGGCCAGUGGUGGAUGAAACUCCACGUGCUCCUGGACCCCGAUCAGGAGAGCCAGCCAUGUCGGCAGAUCAGCCAAGUGGGGUUCUCCACCUGCGACCAAACCGGAGACGACGGGGACGCGCUGUCCUCGCACUUCCUUCCUGUCUUGUGCUGUGCGUCCGCACCAGGCACAGCCGGGCCCGGGGAGGGUCUGUGGUGCUCGGGGGGGUUCACGCUGGAGGAGCCCCUCUUCAGCCUGCUCUUUGGCAUAGACGCUGCCAUGCUCGACUCUCCCAUGAUUCUCUGUGGUUUCCCGGACGGGCAGCUGUGCUGCGUGCCGCUGAAGGCCCUCAAUUCUUCUGAAGCCGUUGACGCCUGCAGUGAGGUUGCAGGCCAGGUUCCGCCUGUGAAGAUCCUUCACCAUUUGGAAGAACCUGUUGUCUUCAUUGGAGCCUUGAGAACAGAACACAAAGCCCCUGACGAUCCCAAUGACCAGCAGCUGUUUGGAGACUCAGGCUGCGACUGCGUUGUGGUGGUCGGGCACUACGGCAAGAUGGUGGCCAUGAAGGCAGAGCGGGGAGAAGAGGCCAAGGUCCCAGAGGUCAGGGAGUACUACCUGCAAGGGCCCAUCCUGUGCGCCGCCUGUGGUGGCGGCAGCCGGAUGUAUUACAGCACGCAUUCAGACAUCUCCGCAGUCGACCUGGAUUGGGUCAGCAACGCUUCCGACCCCGAGAGCAUAGAUAACACUGCAUACGUCCUGCCUCCCGUUCUGUCUCCAGCCAGUUUAAGUAUCUGUAGCGUUGUGGCGCUUUCCUUGUCUUCUCGGGCCUCAGAAGGUGACUCGGAGCUGCUGGCUCUCUCUGCUAAAGGCCGACUGAUGAGCUGUGACUUAUGCAGUCCUGAUGACGCUCAUCCCGUCAGGCUGACCCCAGAAAAAGCUGGCCAAAGGAUAAAGGAACUGCUGUCUGGGAUAGGCAACGUCUCGGAGAGAGUUUCUUUCCUGAAAAAGGCCGUGGACCAGAAGAACCGAGCGCUGACGAGCCUGAACCAGGUGCUGAAUGUGAGUGCUGCCUUACUGUCCAACCAAGAUGGCCGGAAGCCCGUCACUUGCACUGUUACCGCCAGCUGGAGCCGCCUGCUGCUUCGAGAUACCUGGGCCAUCACCUGCGUGUUGGAGAACUCGAGCGAAUGCAGCUUGGAGCAAGGCUGGACCCUCUGCGUUCAGCUGUUCACGAGCUCCUGUGCCUUCGACGAAGACGCUGUUGAUUCGGCCACCACGUUCACCUUUCCAAUCGACCAGCUCCUCCCUGGGAGCAAGAGGGAGGUGACGCUGCCGCUUGGCUCAGCCGAAGGCACCAAGUUGGAGCUGCCUCUGACCGUCUCCUGUGCUCUCUUCUACAGCCUGCGAGAGAUUCUGGACAGUGCGUCGGACUCCUAUGAGUCACUGGACGACCUGCUUCCUGAUGACUCUCCUGGCCUUUCCCCAGACAAAGAAGGGAUCUGCCUGCCCCUGAGCAAAUGCACCAUCGACAUCUUGCAGUGCCUUCGUCUGGAUGACAGCACAGUGCCUGGAGCCCCUCCUUCCAUCGCCACCCUGUCAGACCCAGUGGAGACCUUCCUGAAAGUAUCCAGGGUGCAGUCUGACCCCAGCAGCGUGGAAGUCAGCAACCAGCUGCUUCCCAAGGCACCGGACGCCCUAGGAGAUGAGUAUCUACCCCCAUCAGUGGCUUCUAUCAAGGUGUCAUCGGAGCUGCUGAAAAAUGCAUUGAAGAGCUUCUGUGAAGGAGCCCCGCUCUGCUGCGCCGCUCUGCAGUGGCUGCUGGCGGAGAACACUGCGGCCGCGGCGCUGAGGAGCCGGGAUGUGUCGGCAGUGCGGGGCCUGGCCCCACGUGGAGGCGAGGUGCAGCUGCUCGUCCGAGAGGUGGCCGUGAACAAUCUCUGCCCAGCGGGCCCGAUCCAGGCCGUGGAGAUCCUGAUCCAGAGCCCUUCUCUGGCAGAGAUGUGCAGAGUGCAUCAAGCCGUGAUCCGGCGCAUCCAGACUCUGGUGCUGGAGCAGGCGGCCCAGGGCUCCGGUCCCCCUGACCUCCGCAUGCAGUAUCUGUGCCAGAUCCAAGCCAAUCACGAGAUGCUGCUAAAGGACGUGCAGUCCCUGCGGGACCGUCUGUGCCUCGGGGACGACGCCAGUGCCACGGCGGAAAAGCUCCUGCACGUCUACAGGCAGCUGCGCAACCCCAGCCUCAUCCUGCUGUGAGCACGGGGCCGGCCUGAGACACGGGCCAGCGCGCUCCAUGCUGGGCUCCAGGCAGCGCUCGCUUGGGCAGAGCCAGGCAUGCUCGUUAACCCAGCCAGGACUGGGGAGAGGAUUUGGGGAGGGGGGAGGCAGUGCAAGUCCCCACCCUGAGUGGGGAGCCCGAGGCUGAGAUCAGGGGUUGUGUGUGUGUGUGUGUUGUGGAUGUGUUUUAAGCAGCGUGGGGGGUUCCCAGGGCUCCAGACGCCUGCCCACCCCUCACAGAGUACCUGGCUGAGGCGGGAGUGUCGCUGAGCUGUGUUGUGUGUGGCUGGCAGCCAGAGUAGGUGGCGUGUUUGGGGUUGUACUCGACGUGCUCGUUUAGCUUCUGUCUCGUGCCAAUGGCCGUGACUUUGCUGUGCACAGCGGUGGGAGCCGGCUCCCUGGCCGGGCACUCGGAUCUUCGCAGGGAAUGAUCCGCAUGGUGCUUUCCGGCUGGCUCCCCCCCUCCUCCAGAAAGGGCUAUGCCUCCCUACAGCGUCUCGCUUUCAGGGUGCCUGACGGGCUCACCGGGUUCCCACCCCCAACCUGCGGGGCCCCUUUUCAUUUCUAAAAAGGCUCUGCCGUGUGUCUCCGUGGGGCAGGGUCGUCCUGCUCGCCGUGCUGUGGCAAGCCAGCACGUCCCAGUGUUUGUAAAUCUGUCGUGUGCCAUUGAAAACGACCCUUUGCCGCUCA